AUGUCCACCAACGGCACCAAACCCCCCGUCAUCGGCACCCACAAUGGCCACUUCCACGCCGACGAAGCCCUCGCCGUCCACCUCCUCCGCCUCCUCCCCACCUACCGCGACUCCUCCCUCAUCCGCACCCGCGACCUCGACCUGCUCAAGACCUGCGAUGUCGUCGUUGACGUAGGCGCCGUACACGACCACGACAUCCUCCGCUACGACCAUCACCAGCGCGAGUUCAACACGACUUUCCCAGGUAGCCACACGAAACUCAGCUCGGCAGGUCUGGUAUGGAUGCACCAGGGCCACCGCAUCCUCGCUGAAGCCGCGGGGAUCAAAGAGGGUACACCGGACAACGCCCUGCUCUAUCAGAAACUCUACGACGACUUCAUCGAAGCCUUCGACGCCAACGACAACGGCAUCGCCAACUACGACUCCAAAGCCCUCGCCUCCGCCGGCAUCGAGAAGAAGUUCUCCGACAGAGGAUUCAGCAUCGCCAGCGUCGUGAACCGCUUCAACUCCGCCCCCGUCAAAGACACGAAGGCAGUGGACCAGUCUUCGGGUCAAGGCGAAGAAGACGCCCGCUUCCUCCGCGCCUCCGCCUUCAUAGGCGAGCAAUUCGACCUCGAGCUCUCCGACAAAGCGAUCAACUGGCUGCCCGCCCGCGCUCUCAUCGCGCAAGCCUUCGCCAACCGCAUGGAUUACGACGCUCAAGGACGUAUUUUAGUGAUACCGCAACAAGCCGACGGCGGCGCGCCCUGGGCCGACCACCUGUACACUCUUGAGCGUGAGAAUGGGUGUGAGGGACAAGUGCUGUACGUCCUCUUCGCGGAGAACGGGGAGAAGGACUCGAAAUGGCGGAUUCGCGCGGUCAGUGUGGCGAGCGAUAGUUUUGAGAAUCGGAAGGGGUUGCCGGAGCAGUGGAGGGGGGUGCGGGAUGAGGAGUUGAGUAAAGUGAGUGGGGUCGAGGGUGGGGUUUUCGUGCAUGCGGGGGGUUUCAUUGGGGGGAAUAAGAGUUUUGAGGGGGCGUUGGAGAUGGCGAGGAGGAGUGUUGAGGGUUGA